UACGAAGAUUCCGAAAUUUAUAUAAGGAAAAUGAAAUUUGUUCAAAACUGAUAUCCUCCGCUAAACUUGUUUUUACUUCCCCAACAAUUAGUUUUUCCCAAUUAUUUACUGGAUAACUGACACAGAAUUGAUGGAAUUGUUUUCAACUUUGGCUACAAACAUUCACUUCUAUUAACUACAUACAUAAUAUGGAUCCCGAGGUUGGAUUGAGACUACUUUUUUCUCCACUGGGUUCUAAUAUUGUUGUGCGGACAGCAUGCUGUUCUGUGGGGGUUGUUUUACCUGUUUAUUCCACAUUUAAGGCAAUUGAGGGAAGAGAUGAAAAUGAGCAGAAAAAGUGGCUUCUGUAUUGGGCAGCUUAUGGGUCUUUCAGUAUUGUUGAGUUAUUCACUGAUAAGUUUCUCCGCUGGUUUCCACUGUAUUACCACAUGAAGUUUGCAUUUCUUGUUUGGCUUCAACUCCCUACCACUGAUGGAGCAAGGCAAAUGUAUAUGACUCACCUUCGUCCUUUCCUCUUGAAGCAUCAGGCCAGACUGGACCAAGUAGUUGGAUUUUGUUAUGGUCAAAUGUCCAAGUUUGUUAGCCGGCAUCAAGCUGAAAUCCAGUUCGUGAGGGCACUUCUGAUGAAGACCUUCUUAUCAGCAAACCAGUUUGCUUCAGAAUUUAUUCACCCUGAGCGAAGGCAUGUGAGUGGCGCAAUCAGAGGACCGAGACAGCAAGUUGACACUUCUGAUUCUGAAGAUGGAGAGUGAUGCUUAACUCAGGAACAUUUCAUCAUUCCAAUGGUUUACCUUAGAAAAUAGAUCUAUUCACUUAUAUCCACUCAAAACUCAUAGAUGUUUGCAUAGUGAGUCUCCCACAUUAAGCGUUUUUAGGGCUCUUACGAGUUUCGAAAUUGAUUGUUCCAGUGGUUUUGUACAUAGUUGCUCCCCUUCGCUCAAGAAACAUUAGCUUAGUUGUUAAAUGCAGCUGAGAUUUUCACUUGUCAUUGUCUAGGUUGAAAUAAUUUCUACUAGUAUACUAGCAAAAGUUUUUAUUUGUACAA